AUGAGUAAAAUGGAUGGGAACAAUCAGUCUGCAGUAUCAGAAUUUAUACUUUAUGGGCUUGCCCACUCAAAGAAUCUUCAGGUCUUACUCUUUGUGAUAUUUUUGAUAUUUUAUCUGCUUAUUGUGUCUGGAAAUAUUGUCAUCAUGGUGUUAAUCACGACUGACCCCCACCUCCAUUCUCCCAUGUACUUCUUGUUGGCCAACCUGUCCUUUGUUGAUAUGUGGCUUUCCUCUGUUACUACUCCUAAGAUGAUUGCAGACUUUCUCAGGAAAAACAAGACCAUUUCCUUUGCAGGCUGCAUGUCCCAGGUCUUCUUUGCCCAUUGCAUUGCAGCAGGAGAGAUGGUACUGUUGGUGGUAAUGGCUUAUGACCGCUAUGUGGCCAUCUGCAAACCACUCCACUACUUCACCAUUAUGAACCUGAAAAGAUGCACGGGGCUCGUCUUGACUUCCUGGACUAUUGGCUUUGUGCAUGCCGUGAGCCACCUUGUAGUGAUUGUGGAGUUGCCUUUUUGUGGACCCAAGGAAAUAGAUAGUUUUUUCUGUGACAUGCCAUUGAUAAUCAAGCUAGCCUGCAUGGAUUCCCAUGAACUAGACAUUUUAAUGAAUGCUGAAUGUGGGGUUGUGGGUGUAACUUGCUUCAUUCUGUUGCUCAUUUCCUACACAUACAUCCUUAUCACUGUUCGCCAGAGCUCUAAAUCUGGUGCAUCUAAGGCUCUGUCCACAUGCAGUGCCCACAUCACAGUGGUGAUGAUACUUUUUGUUCCCUGCAUCUUCAUCUAUGUGUGGCCCCUCAGUAUUACCUGGUUGGACAAAUUUCUUGCUGUAUUUUACUCUGUUUUUACACCUCUCCUAAACCCAGCCAUUUAUACAUUGAGAAAUAAAGAGAUGAAAAAUGCUAUGACACGAUUUAUAAACAACUAUAUAGAUUCCAAAGGAAAUUAG